UGCAAAUUUAUUUAAGCGUAGGAUUCCGUUUCCGGCACUAGAACUGUCAAUACCAUUGUGAUAAUAUCCGAUAAAAUAAGUGAAAUAAAUGUAGUUCGAACACUCUCUGGAUACUGGAUUCGAGUCAAGGGAUCAGCAGAAACACUGUAAAGUACGUAGUAACGAUCAACUUUACGUAAUUACUGGAAUUUGCCGCAUAAAUAGAAGUACAAGUUUGUUAAUAUUUAACUGAGAGUAGAACUUAAAAUUGUUGUUCCAAGCGGAUUGACAGCAACGUCAACAGAACUGACAACGGACGUUACAGACAGUGUUGCCAUUCUGAAUAAAAUAAUUUCCACCAUUAUUUACGUUCCUUUACACGCAUACUAACAACGGAAAGUGUCAACGUCAAGUGUUGCUAGUAAGUAAUAUUGAAUUCCCCAGAUAAUAAAUACGUUCCGUUACACAUAAAAAUGGAAGGUCAAUUUCAAAUUUUAUUUGAUAAAAUGAAAAUAGAAAUGCAAAACCAAACAAAAGAGGUAACCGAUACGAUAAUGGAAAAAAUUGAUGAAAAAUUAAAACCGAUUUUGGAGGAAAAUAAAAUAUUAAAAAAUAAAAUAGAAAACUUGGAAAAAAAGGUAGAAUAUCUAAAAAGAGACAAAAAAAGUAACAAUAUAAUAAUACAUGGAUUGAAUGAGGAUGAGAAAUCUAUACCGGAUUUACUUAAUAAAGUUAAAAAACAUUUUUUGGAUGAACUUAACCUUAAAUUAGAAGAUUGGGAAGUAAAUAAAAUUUAUCGCAUUGGAAAAUCAAAUAAUAAUAACAAGCCCAGACCCACGGUCCUUGUAUUGGUUUGUGGGUGGAAGAAAAGUGAAAUCAUGAGAAAUAAAAAGAAACUUAGGGAACUGUAUAUAACUGAAGACUACUCAAAAGAGACUUUAGAAAAAAGGAAGGCACUGCAAUCUAAGGUAGCAGAAGAGCGGAAGAAAGGGAAUUUUGCUUUCAUUAAAUAUGAUAAACUCGUGGUCAAGAAAAACCCAAACACGAACGAUAAACGGAAGCGACAAACAUCAAACUCCCCAAAAGAAGACGCUCAACCAAGAAAACAACAAACAUUAAAUUCAUCGGAAUCAAAUAGGAAAAAUGCGUUUGAUAUGAUGAGGAUGCGUUCUAACUCCUUUUCGACCUCCUUUAGUACAACCAAACAAUAGCAAUCAUACACCGGCAAUCGGAAAUAUCAAUUAACUAGCAAGAUAAAAAACAAGGAAACGAACCCUCCCCCAAGCCGACUGGUCCUCGUGGGGGAAAAAGACCACGACCCUCUAAAUAUAAACAAACCCACAUCGGAUCUUUACAUAGCUACUUUUAAUGUUAGAUCACUACGAACCACUGAGAAACGUCUUGAAUUUGAAUUAGCCCUGGCAGAAAUAAAAUGGGAUAUUAUUGGAAUUAGUGAAAUGAGAAGAAAUGGAGAAGGGAUAACUGAUUAUGGGAACUACAUCUUACAUUACAAAGGUGAAACUCUAGGGCAACAUGGAGUGGGAUUUUUAAUUAAAAAGAAUCUUGCACAUAGAAUAGAAGAAAUAAGAGGAAUAUCCGAAAGAAUAACAAUACUAAAUAUAACUUUACCUUUAUAUAAAGAAGAAAAGUGGUCAAUUAUCCAGGCAUACUCACCAACUGAAUCGGAUAAAA